UCGCAGGUGGGUCAAGAACAACGCAAUUUUUUCAAAAAUGUCAAAACUCAUCGUUGUAUUUGGUGGCACUGGAACACAGGGUGGAUCAGUUAUCAGUGCUUUCUUAAAGGACCCAAACUGGAAAAUCCGUACCAUCACCCGCGACGUUACCAAACUUCAAAGUUUAGCUUUGCAAGAAAAAGGAGUUGAAGUUGUCCAAGGCGAUAUUGGCAAUGUUGAUUCCCUCGUUGCAGCUGUUCAAGGCGCGAAUGCUGUGUACGGUGUUACUGACUUUUGGGGACCUUUCUUCAAUCCAGCUACGCAGAAGCAGCUGGCUCCUGGUCAAACCAUCAAUAAACACUGCUAUGAACUGGAAGUACAACAAGGCAAGAACAUUGUCGAUGCCGUGGCCACCAUUGCUGACACAACACUUGAGGUGUUUGUAUGGUCCAGCUUAGCCGACGUGGCCAAGCUGAGCAGCGGAAAGUAUACCUGGGUUUAUCACUUUGAUUCCAAAGCCCACGUGUACGAUUACAUCAAGGAAGCGUAUCCCAAUCUAGCAAAGAAAACCUCAACUUAUCGACCAGGCCAAUACGCCGAAAAUUGGCUAUCUGCUGGACCUUUCGCUCCCCAUAAAGCAGAAGACGGCGUGUAUGAGCAAAUCAGCAACGUCGGCGAAGAAGUUAUUCACCCUUGGACUGAUACUCGAGGAGACACUGGCAAAUUUGUACGCGCUCUCACGCAAACCUCGCCAGAGAAGCAUUUGAUGGGUGUCAGCCAAACCUUGUCCUAUGGUGACUAUCUUAAGAUAUGGGGAGAAGUCAAUGGUGUUCCAACCAGAUAUGUGAAAAUCACUCAAGAGCAGUUCUAUGGACUUCUUCCAUCAGCUGCUGCCAAGGAAUUUGAUGAAAUGAAUGCUUUCAUUGCUGAGUUUGGAUAUUAUGGCGGCGAACCUGGUUUGUUGUCUCCAUCAGAUCUCAAACUCGAUGAACAACCGAUAACUGCCAAGGAAUGGAUCAAAGCUCAGGAUUGGUCCAAGAUCUUGAAAUAAAAGGGUUGAACUGCUGUAGUUAUAUCUUGCUUCAAAGUGCCCUGUGUUUACAAAGAUGAUCAUGUAUAUGAUGUCUAUGAUCAAUUUUGAAUUCUUCUAUAUAGCUGAACUUAUCGACGUACUGCUUGCAGUAAAUAAAUAAAUCUUACUGACUAGCAACAUAACUUGUACCAAAUGCAAUACAGCC